UGAGCGAGCAGGAACAGAGAGGGGCGGCGAUGAUUCACUUCAGAAAGAUGGCGUCGAGAAAGAAGGCUGGAAACGGCGUUCAUGAAAAGCCUGCGAAUGGGAAGCAUGUAUCCAAACAUAAAGACGGACCUGUAGUGAUGGAUACUACUGCCGUGUUUGCAGCCCUGUAUGAAGUGUGUGAGGAGAACGCCACUUUCUUUGCUGGCACCCAACCGGGAGAUGCUCCACACAGGCUGGUUGAAGCCAUGUUGACCAUUCAGAAGCAUGCUCGCAGCCUCGAGCCGGUCAUCUGUGGCUUUACUGCCAUCUACCAUCACUUCGACUUUGUCCCUCACAUUCCUGCUAAUGGAUACCGCUCACUAGUGAAGGUGGUACGCUGCUGUCUUCUUCACAUCAUCCACAAGGCACGUUACAUCACAUCCCACAGACGGAGCAUCUUUUUCCGUGCAGCCCAUCAAGCCGCAGAUAUGGAAGCUUACAGCUGUGCUCUGUGCCAGCUAAGGGCUCUGGUCUACCUCGCUCAGAGGCUGCUCCAUGACAACAGUCACGGCAACCUCUUCUUCCAAGACGAGAACGGUCUCAGCCAACUCUUUCUUCGGGAGUACGCCUCCAUGCACAAGGGCUGUUUUUAUGGCCGCUGUGUCGGCUUCCAGUUCACUCCUGCCAUCCGUCCACACUUGCAGAGUAUUACUAUAGGCUUGGUCGCUUUCGGAGAUAACUACAAGAAACAUCAUUCUGGCAUAGUGGAAACAGGAGCUAGUACAUCAUAUGGUGUUGCUGCUAGUUCUUUAUUUACCUCUGGAAAGUAUGCCAUUGAUCCCGAGUUGAGGGGCCUGGAGUAUGAGCGAAUCACUCAGAACUUGGACGUUCAUUUCUGGAAGACAUUCUGGAAUAUCACUGAAAGCGAAGUUUUGGCGGGCUUGGCAAGUAUGACCUCCACUCAGGUAAAGGUGAAUCGUACUCUCUCGGUGCCACCUGACUGCUUCGACCUACCCUUGGUGGAUGAUCCGACACAUACAGUUACGAUCUCCUCUCCGGUUGCUCAUGUCGGUCCUCGCCCGGUUCAGAUGAGACUCAUCUCCAGUGAUCUGAGGGAAGGACAGGACAAUGAGAAGCUGUUAGCAAUAUCCCGUUCUGAUGGUGGCUCGAUCUCGCUUUCUCUAAAGAUUAAGAAGAGCCCUCCAUCACCUUGGCUGGUGGUACAUUACCAUGGAGGAGGAUUCGUUGCACAGACUUCUAAAUCACACGAGCCAUACCUGAAAAGUUGGUCUCAGGAACUGAAUGCCCCAAUCCUGUCAGUAGAUUAUUCUCUUGCCCCCGAAGCGCCAUUUCCGCGUGCACUGGAAGAGUGUUUCUUUGCGUACUGCUGGGCUAUCAAGAACCACGACCUUCUGGGUUGGACAGGGGAGCGAGUGUGCUUGGCUGGUGAUAGUGCAGGAGGGAACCUGUGCAUUACCGUGUCAAUGAUGGCCGUGGCACAUCGAGUACGCUUGCCAGACGGCAUCAUGGUCGCAUACCCUGCCUUCAUGCUCACCACCUGUGCCUCACCUUCCCGUCUGCUCAGCCUUAUGGAUCCUCUCCUUCCCCUUAGCGUCCUGUCCCGAUGCCUCAGUGCUUAUGCAGGUCUGGAUCCUCAGGAGGAGAAACAGGUAGAGAAAGCCACCGCCCUGGGGACUGUAAGGAAGGACACUGCCCUCUUAUUCAAAGGCUUCAAACAGGGAGCCUCAAACUGGAUACACUCACUCCUGGACCACAACAAAGCAAGUGCAGAGACCAUAAGGAACAGCGUUUCUGAGGGCACUCUCAGUUCUACCCAGUCUGACCUUCUGGCUCCAGGACCGUCCUCUGGGUUCUCUGUGAAGGGAGACUCUAUGAAAAGCCACACAUGUGACAGUCUGGUCACCCACACUGCCAGGACAUUCACCAGCAGCAGCCCAAACAGCACAAGCUCUACUGCCAACCACAGUGCCAACCCCACAUUUCACUACCAUCCUCUCCUAAGCACCACAGAAAUCCUGGAAAGCAAGGACAUAAGUAUACUUUUCUCCAAAGAGGUAGACCCCUCCGUGUCAAGGUCCAUCUCAUCCGUGGCAGUGCCUCCACCUGAUGGGGACGAACACUCAGAAAACCCACGUGGCUUUCCUGGGGACUUUGAGCCAUUGCGGUCAGCGCAGCCUGCCAAAAUGAAUGUAGAUUCUUCACCUGUCUUUAGAAAUCCCUACAUGUCACCUCUCCUGGCUCCAGACCACAUGCUGAAGGGACUCCCUCCUAUUCAUAUAGUGGCCUGCGCUCUGGACCCCAUGUUAGACGACUCCGUAUCGUUUGCCGGACGACUACAGAACAUCCAGCAACCUGUGACUUUGUGUGUCGUAGAUGACCUCCCACAUGGCUUCCUCAGCCUGUCUCAGCUCACUAAGGAGACCCAUGAGGCUUCUAAUGUCUGCAUGGAGAGGAUCAGGGAGGUGUUCACUAUGAAAGAUCUGCCUCCAGAGAUGAAUAAACACCGCAAGCUGGAAAGGACCGAUCAUUGUGCUUCAGAUGCUUCUGCCAAGUUCUCUCAAAUGGAAACUGGUGAGGAUGUAAGAGAGGGUGUGGUUUAAAAGGUAAAAGGUGUUCUAACGACCAAAAUAAAAUGUUGUUCAGGGAAAAGGACAAAAAUAAAAACAUGAAAGGUUUUAAAAACAACAAUAAAAAAAUGAAGACUGAAAACUGCCUAGAACCACUGUGUAGUGUACCAGCAGAACAAGUAAAAUGAAGAAGAAGAAGAAGAAGAAGAAAAAAAAGUCUGAUGUCUAAUGUACAAUGUCUCACACUAAGAGUAGUGGGUCAGUGUUUGGCUUUCGUGUUUUAAAUUACAUGUGCGUGUGCACUUGCACUUUUCAAACAUGCACAACUUUAACUAAAUAUUGCCACUUUGCCUCUGCACUGUAUUGCUUUAUUGAGAUUCUGAUUAUGAAUCAUCCAAAUACCAGCAUGGAAACAAAUGCUUUCUGUCUUGUCCAGGCCUAAAGCUGACAUUUUUCGUAAAUGUUUUCACAAAACAGCUUUUUUUUUAUGCACAUUAUUACUCAACGUCAUGCUUAUGCCAUAGCCAAGCUUCCGAGAGUCAGUUAAACCAAAUGUUUUUGUUUGUGGUGUAUGUGGUUUAUGCCGUCUUAAUUACUUUGUGGUUGUGUGAAAGUGGAAACUGACGGUUCUGCUGAGAUGAUCGUGUUAUUACUGAAAAAAAAAGACAAUACUAAAUCAAUGUUUGACGCACAUGCCUUUUUAUAGUAGAUUUGUGUAUCGAUAGCUCCAGGGUUAAGGUUCAGAAGGAAGAAAGUUCAAUUCCCAAGAUUACCAAGAAGAGACCUACUACCGGGGCCUUAACCCUGACCCUCUCAGUUCCAAGCUUGUGUAAUAUCUCAAUUGUGAGUCAAUGUGUGUAAAAGUGCCUGCUAAAUGUGGAUUAUGUUUAUUGUGAGUACUUUACAUUUACUAAAUUUUAGUUUCAAUAUUUUUAUAGUUGUUAAUUAGGAAAAGUUUAAUGCUGCUUCAAUUACAAUACAAUAAACAAUCACAAGUCCUAAAUACUCAUCAGCAUAGUAGAAUUGCUGGGUUUUAAACACAGGAAGCUUUGACUUACAGAAUUAUAAUUUAGCUUAGCAUCAACCAUCCUCUGCGAGGUCAUUCAUAGCUAGUAAAAUUACAAUACGAAAUACUGUAUAACAAAAUAUUUUAGUUUUUUUUUCCAUUUCUUAGCCUCCUUUACUUGAUUUUCUUGUUCCACUUAUUGCUGGAUGUCACUACCUCUCUGUUUGGUGUCGGCUUUUAAAACUCCCUGCACACCGACCCAUUUCUUGAGCCCAGGAGGUAUUUUAUGGAACAUCCUUCCGCGACCUUGAACCAGUUAGACUAGUCAUUAAGCAGGGAUGUGUACUUUAUGACUGCGCUCCCUGUGCAGGUGUCAUUUGUGAAAUCAUCAUUUGACCCAGGCAGACUUUUAUAUUUCACUCUCCUCAGUUACACGACAGAAUCAAAGCAAAUCCAACAACUUUCAAGGACGAACAAAUUAUAAAAGUAUUAGCCAAGGGAAUAUUUCAGUUGAAGUUUCCUAUAGUCUGAUGUCAAAUAAAUUAACCCUUUAUUGAACUAGUAACAUAGAUAAAUGCAUUAAUGCAGACUUGUACUGUAUGUAAAUAAUUUAAUUUGUUAAGGGGUAAUAUUUGUUAGAAUCCAAUAAUAUUAGACAGAAUUAUUCUGCGUAUCCGUCAUCCUCUUUUUCGCCAACGUGCUAUUGGCAGGAUGUGCUUGGAUCCGUCAUUGCUUCUACAUCCCUGCAUGUUGCUGAUUAAGGUUUCUUUAAUUUUAUUUAGUGGAAAUUUAAGUGGAAGUCCUCAUUCACAAAUCCAUACAUUUUAAAUUCCAUUAAGUUACUAACAACUUAUUCGAAAUGUAGAAAAGCAAUGGUUUGCGUGCUUUUCUAGAU